GUACGGAUUCGGAACCAUUUUAAAACUAUUUUUAGUCAUUUCGUCUCAUACACAUACACUUCCAUCUUUUAAGUAAGACGUGCGUGCACAUUCAUUUUUCUCUCCGAAAUUUUUACAAAUCAUCUCCUCGUAUUUAUAAAUUGGAAAUGAAAUAUGGCUGAACGGGGGAAAUGCCAAGUUUGUUCGAAAACUUCGGAAUCACGAUGUUCUUGGUGUCGUCUCGUGUUUUACUGCUCGAAAGCACAUCAAAAGCAAGAUUGGGAGGCUCACAAGGCGACUUGCAAUAAAAAGAAGUAUUCGUUGGAGUGCAGCGAAACGGUGGGUCGUCAUUUGGUGGCGAGCGAGGAUAUCAAACCAGACUGGAUUCUCCUGAAGGAUCGACCAAUCGUGCUAAGUCUGAAAGCAAACAGUUUGGAGUUCACCCCGCACAAGAUCUGUUUGGGAUGCUACAAAGAAAUAAAAGUUGAUGACGACGAGUCAGACUCAUCAUCAACUGAUUCUUCUUCCUCCUCCUCCUCCUCGUCAUCAGAGUCUGAGGGUGAAAGUGGUGGUGGGAAAAGGAGUGAAAGCAGCCGGAGAAAGCAGGUCUGUUCCAAAUGCGACCUACCCGUCUGUUCCAAGCAAUGCGCUUCACAACACUUUCACAAAGUGUUGGAAUGUCGACUCAUCUCUGAAGCUCCCCCCUUCGCACCAGAGCUGAAAAGUGAUGAGCAAGGCUCAACUGGGAAAAGUGGGGCUGCCACCAAUGCCAUCACCAAUGUUCGUGAGACAAUUCUCCGCAACUUAAUUUACUUUCGGUGCAUUUUGCUCAAAUUCGCUUCCCAGACGCAAUGGGAUCAGAUGAUGAGUCUCCAAUCACAAAAUGAUGAAGAAAGUCGUCAAAAAGACGGCGUAGUAAUCCCGCUGCCACAGUUGGAACGGACGACGCGAGUUUUCACCCUGAUCAAGACCAUUCUCUCCCACAUCAAUCAUGCCACGAUUAAUCAAGUGCACAAACCAGAUAUUCAUAAAAUUCUCGGAAUUCUCGACAUUAAUGCGCUUCACUUUAAUAUCUCGCAAGAAAUCGAGCUCACCGCACUUUUCCCCACUUUCUCCAUGCUCGAACAUUCGUGCGUCCCGAACGUCAAGUUUUAUCUCAGUCCUACCAACACCACCACGGUCGGAGGGACCGCUGGGAAUGGAUCUAGUGGAAAAUAUGUGGUGGAGCUGUUCUGUCGAUCCGCAGUCAAAAUCAAGAAGGGCGAAAGUUUGGCCAUUUCUUACUCAAACUUGAUGUGGAAUACGGAAAAGAGGAGAGAAUUUCUCAAAAAGGAGAGAGGAUUUUUCUGUAACUGCGUCAGGUGUAGUGAUCCCUUUGAGUUGGGGUCGAAUUUCUCCACCAUCAUUUGUACCCAAGAAAAGUGCAAAGGGUACGCCGUCCCAUUUCCGGUGACUCCUCCAACUCCAGAAAUGCAGUGGAAAUGCACCAAAUGUAACAAGAUAACUCCACCCUGGCAAGUUAAGAAGCUGGAUUCUCGUCUCUGCGAAAUGGUGUCAAAGACCAAACCCAGCCUGCCAAAUUAUAAGAACCUCGUCAGUAAAAUGGAUGAGUUAGUCCAUCCUGACUACUACCUGAGUUUCGUCAUAAAUCAUUCACUCGUUCAAUUAUAUGGCGAUAAGGAUGGUGAGAAUGAUUCCGAGGAUGAAAACGUGAGGAUGCACAAUGCAAAAAUGCUCGAAGACAAAGUCGCCCUUUGUAACAGGAUUGUUCAAAUUAUUAAAAAAUUAGACCCCGGACUAGCAAAGUUGAAUAUUUACACGGCGGUUAUCUAUUACGAGAUGCAAUCCGCAAUUUUGGCGAUGGGUGGGGGUGAGGUUGAUGAUGACUUUAAGAUUUUGAGACAUAAACCCGAAACGGUGAAAUUGGCGAAGGUAUAUUUGCAAAAGUGUGUGGAUUCGUUUAAAUACGAGUUGUUGGACGUGCCGGAGAAUAAGCUGAAAAAUUUGGCUUUGAAAAAGAUGGAAUACUUGAAUUUUAUUUUGACCAAGUUUAAGCGAUGAAUGGAUAAACGUGUGAAGCCAAGAUGUUGGUUAAUUUUUACGCAAUUUCAUAUUUGUGAAUUUCUUUUACUGUCAAAUAAACAUACAUAUUAUGCAAA